CAGUUCUAUUAUUUUCAAAUACUUUUUUUUCUCGAUUUAUAGAAUCCUAAUUAUCAUAACAGUGCUAAACACUAUGACCAUUAAACAAAGCGACUUGCUUUGAGGUACUGAUUUCAGAUUUCAUGUCCUCAUUUUAUAGUUAUCGGACAAUGUUAUCCCAACCCCCCGGGGGGACUACUCCCGGAACAAUUGGGUGGGGGGUGUGCGGCCCGCUUCCCAAAAUCCUUACCCUAUUUAUGCCAAAAUCUGCGAUUUCCCUACCCUAUUUAUGACCCGAAAAAGUAGCUUCUUCUAAAAGGCAAGCCCACUUCAAGACUUGAGUGAAAAAACAAUAACCUAUUUGUGAUCAAAAUGGCCAAAAUCGAUACCCUAUUUAUGAGCAAAACCAUUGAAAACCGUACCCUUUGUGAUCGCACUUACCUAUAUAACCCAUAAAUGGGAGUACUCCUUCUCCCCCCCCCCCCGGUUCCAGCUAAACACUGACCGUAUCCUAAUCGAUGUUACCAAUGAUAGUCCAGUUGUAGAUGAUUUGGUCUGGGAUUUUAGCUGCCUGACAUCAAAUUAUUUAAAGUUUGGUGGAAAUUUCUUUUUCGUUGCCGAAUGUAUUAUGAUGUAUUUGCAGAAUGUUCGUCCAGGCCCUCGUUCCUCGUGUGGACCGUACAAACCCAGCAAAGGCAGAACGUUAGCCAGCUUCUGGAUUUUUAAAUCCAAGCCAAUCAACCAACCAACCCUUACAUCAAUUAAUUGAUCAAUCCAUUUCCUGUAGUAUAUGUGCACUACACUGUAACACGCCAAGUGAAACUUUGAUGAAUGCAAGCUUUAGUUACAACUUGUUAUGGUUUUGUUCCACGAGAUUUCUCUUUCCUUUUGCAAUCAAAAACGUUAGCAACUAAUAAGCUUCAACAAGAGACGACAAUAAUUGAAAUGGGUGAACGGAAAUUGUACAAUUUAACAGCUCACCUGUGUUUCAUCCUCCAGAAAUGUCCAAGACACUACUAAGCAAACUUUGUUGGAUGAUGUAGAUGUCGACAAUCAUGACACCAUAAGUAAUGGGUAUGAUAGCAAUUGACCAACAUGGGAACAUAGCAGCCGGAACAUCAACAAAUGGAAUGAACCACAAAAUCGCUGGCCGAGUCGGGGACUCUCCCAUUCCUGGAGCACGAGCUUACGUGGAUAAGGACGUUGGUGGAGCUGCAGGGACUGGUGAUGGGGAUGUUAUGUUAAAGUUUUUGCCCAGUUUCCAUGCAGUUGAGCUUCCCCGUCAAGGUUACAGCCCAACACGGGCUGCCAGAAUGGCUCUUAAGAAAAUAGCGCAGUAUUAUCCAACCCUCAGAGGGGGACUGAUAACUGUGACAAAGGAUGGCAGAGACGGCAUUGAAAAAAAGUACUAUAGGGGAACUAUCAUGAACUUGAAUUCGAAACUUAACAAAACAAAGUACAUAUUUCCGUUAAUAGAAACCAGGAGAGUAUUGAUCUUCUCUUGUAGAAACCUAAAAUUAAUGAUCUAGUUUUAUUAAAAACAAAAGUUGUGAAUGGACAUUGUCAAAAUUUACCUUAUAAUCUCAGAUUUGAGAAGUUUGAGAGACUUUUCAGUAUCUUUCCUUGUGUCUUGGAAAAAUCGAUAAGAACUAAUCAAAACCUGCUCGCUUUUUAACAACUCAUUUCAUUUCUUCCCGUUGCCAGCAAAGAUUCUGUGUACUUAGAGGAAGGCCUGAAUGAGGAUCGAAUAGCCAAUUGAGAAUAAACCCACACUUAACAAGUCCAAGAUAAAGUUCAUGUACAUGUUGAUCGGGUCUAGGCAAAAGCUGGGUACUUCUAAAUAAUAGUUAUCCGACUCUUACCAUCGAUGGAAGCUCUUUAAAGUAAUUU